AUGACUACACCAGGAACCCAAAACAUGAUGCAAGCCAGCCUAGCAGCCGGCAUAUCCGCCACACAAAGUUUCCCAUCCUCCCCGUCCAAAGCCAGUGGAUACCCACCUAAGCGACCCAGUCGACAUGCUCCUAGCCGGCCUGGUGCCAACCUCGCAAAGCCGAAUCGCUCUCCCAGACGUCCAUGA